GUAUGAGUUACCAGUACUACUGUUGGAAAGGACGGAUUGUUUUAUCCUCAAAUCGUUCAUUAGAGGUACUGUUCCGCCUGCCUUUUUCGGCCCGUGCGCGUACGUAAUGCCACUCUAGCCUCUCUGCCUGAGACAGCAGCACGAGGGAGACUUUACUGCUGUUUCCAAGGGACGCACCAUCAAAAUACUCUGUUGAGGAUUAGCAUACCUUUUAACGUAUUUCAACCAAGGGGGCAAGGUGUUCGGAGAGUAUACGGCUUGACAGAGUGCGAAAAUAUACCAUUGGACCAGAGUCGGAGCUCAAGCAAUCUACGUGCCUACCAUGGCCAGCACCUCCCAAAGUCGUUUCCAUGAGGAUCUACACGAUGAUGAAUCGAUCCUUGAUGACGACCUAAUUGAGGCCGAUGAUGCCAUCGAAGCCGACGACCCUCUUCACACUUCCGAUACCGCUCCGCUAAGAGGCAACAUCCAGUCCGAACCCUCGAGUUCGAGCAGAGGAGGUUUCGGAAGCAAUCUAUCCAGCAAUUACCUGACAUCGACCAUCCCGGGGGAGGAUCGCCGCGCAACGCAGAACACCAUCGAUGAAACCGUUUGGGAGACGCUCUCACGAGAUCUACGAGCAGUAUGGGAGAAGAUGCGCCAAGUGCUGUGGCCUAAGUACCUGAUGGGAGGUAUGCUGCAGCGCGGCGGCGGAGGAAUCGGGGCCGCCGAGAGAGGAGAAGCGACCGGGUUCGGCGGCGGACUAAGAGGCCUUGUAGGACGCUGGCCGGAUGCCGAUGUGGUCUUGCAGGGUGGAAUGAGUGAGGGUCUGCGUGACUGGGAUCUUUGGGGUCCGCUCAUUUUCUGCUUGCUCCUGAGCAUGUUCCUAUCGAUGCGCGCAAAGGAUGACCAGUCAUCCCUCGUCUUCUCGGGUGUCUUCUCCAUAGUCUGGAUUGGAGAGGCUGUUGUGACCUUGCAGAUCAAGUUGCUCGGUGGGAAUAUUUCUUUCUUUCAAUCUGUUUGCAUCAUAGGCUACACUCUGUUCCCUCUGGUCAUCGCUGCUAUGCUCAGCGCAUUGGGUCUCCCGACUAUUGCCCGGAUACCGGUGUACCUAGCGCUCAUUGCAUGGUCCUUGGCUGCAGGUGUGAGCAUUUUGGGUGGGUCGGGUGUGAUCAAGAACCGGGUAGGCAUUGCGGUCUAUCCGCUGUUCGUAUUCUACAUCGCGAUCGGCUGUCUUUGUUUUAUCAGUUAGAAGAUUGGAGGAUCGAUACGGCCGGCCAGGUAUCCUAGCAAUCUAGUUGCGAACGAAGGUUCCAGUCUACAGUCAAGCGCCAGAUGAAUUGAAAAGGGACAGGAACACAACAUUUGGGCAUGUAUGCUGCUAUAUCAUCAGUGAAUGAGUUCUUUUUCUUUGUUUGUGUCAGCUAUUAUCAUAUCCGAAUUCACAAGUAUUGUACUUUAGAAGAUAUUCUAGCAUUUUCAAGAUAUC